AUGGAAAAUAGUUCGUGCAAACAAGAAAUGGAGGAUCCAGAUUAUCAGUCUGCCGGCAGUAAUCAACGGGAACGAGAGCGAAGAAUUCUGACCUCAAGACAGCGAGAUGCAAAGGAACAAACUAUUCAAAAGAUCGAUAAAAUAAUUCGACAGCAGUUCGCUCUGGAAAUACAUCUCAAGGAAAGAGAGAUUGAAGUGAUUGACGAUAGAAUCGGUCAUGCUAAAGCCAUGUUAGAUAAGCUGAGAGCGUGCGUGCUGGCAAGGUAUUACGGCUCAUCCGAAAGCAGAGGAAACCAAUCUAGAAAUCGUUCUCAUUUCAAGAACGAGGGAUGUGAUCGAAGAAAGUCUGGUAGGCAUCUUGCAAAACGAGUCGACUUUCAAAGGAUUCCAGACAACAGAAAUCCCACUAAAGAAACGAUCAGUUCAACAAGAAAUGUUAAGUCAGAAGUAAGGGAGACUUUGGAAGUUAAGAAAUCAGAGGCCUUUGAGACAACAACAAGUACUGAUGAUCAACUUGUUGGCAGUAGGAAUCAAAUUGUCGACGUUGUACUUCACACGAAACAAGAGAAUUGUAGCACUACUCAAAAUGGAACAAUUGCAUCUGGAGAACCUGCUCUCUUGAAUCAGAUCGUGAAGGAAGAUCAUUCUGAUAAAUCAAACCCCGAAACACGCAAUGGAAUCACUCAAAACUGUUUAGAGAGUAGUACAAGUCAAGAAAACCCACCAAUUGCAACAGCAAGCGUUUCAUAUGCAACGCCCAUGAUUGUUGCUAGCGCUGGAUCGCGAUUUUAUGUCAAAAAGCGAAUCAUUGUUGGGAACACAUCAAAGUACAUAUCGUUAGACAGGCGGGAGGAUAACGACAAAUCGACCCACAAGUGGAUGGUGUAUGUUCGAGGUCCACCCGAAGAUCCGCACAUUGAUCGAUUUGUAAAGAAAGUGUGGUUCUUUCUUCACCCGAGUUAUCGUCCGAACGACAUAGUGGAAGUCAACAAGCCUCCUUUUCAUUUGACCAGAAGAGGUUGGGGAGAAUUUACAGUCCGUGUUCAGCUACAUUUUGUUGACCCCAGGAACAAGAGAGUUGACAUCUUUCACGAACUUAAGUUAGACAGAACCUAUACAGGACUUCAGACAUUAGGCUCCGAAACUGUUGUGGACUUGGAGCUGGAUCGUAGGACGAUCAAAGAUAAUUAUAUACCAGCUUCUGUAGAAAGUGUUUCUGAAAAACUUCCCACUGUUUCUUCAUAUGCGCAUAAAGAGCAUGCUGAUGAUGCACUUAGGAACACCCCGAGAGACCUUCAGAUCAGCAGAAAUCAGCUUCAACAUGAAACGCUUCCGACAGUUAGAAAAUUUUCGGACACAUCAGGAAUGUCAUCACAAUAUCCUCAACUGAAAAAAGUGAAGUUGGAAUCAGUCUCCGCGGGUUCAUCAGCAAUUUCUUCCGCAGUGUCAUCACCCGUUAACAGUCAGCCAUCAUCGAGGUGUGGCAGCCCAGAGCUAAUUUCCGGACAGAACCAGUUCACGGAAGAAGUUAAAGAACAGUUGAGGAAACUUUUGAAAGAACACCCCUUGAUUGAUCCUGCAAGAAACGUCGUGAAGCACCAUUAUUGUGCUGCCACUUCGGAACAGUUUCUUGGUUGGAAUAUUGGUAAGAGAAGAGCCUGUGAGUGGCAGAGGGCAGCAGCUGUAAGGCGCCGUAUAUUAAGCUCGAUGCCUUUAUGUAAGCUCAGUAUCAAAGAUAUCUUAGUCUGGUGCCGUCGGUUUGGUUACACGCCGUGUGACAAAGUGUCAGUGGAGGAAGUUUCUUUCUGUAAUCUGUGCGGAAGCUGCCUUGGUGUUCAAUCUGAGGUGCCCUCUGAAGUAGAUGAAGGUCAUAAAUGCGAAGAACUGUGUUUCAAUGGCCUCACGCUACCAUCUACCCUUUUCCCUGAAGUGGAAUUGAGAGAAAAAUGUCUUCCUGACAUACCACGACCUGACGACAACUCAGAAGACCUGGAAAUCGAUGUGGUCGGUGACAUACCCAGAGAAAAGGCAACUAAGCCUCAAGAUGGGAAACCAGUUGUGUAUACCAUUCCGUCAACUCUGGAACAGAAUUGGAUCCGUGAAACGUGUAGCGACAUCGGUGUCAAGCUGAAGACUGUCCAUACCGAUGGAGUAAAUGUGCAGGUUAUUGAAAGCCUUCUUUUGACGGCCUGCAAAAGAUUUGCUCAAGAUCUAUUGCGUCAGUCAUGGGCUUGUGCCGCUGACCAGACUACCUCUUACGGUCCUAGGCUUGUGACACCAAGUCACGUGUACAGAGCUGUCUGUUCUCUUCCUCACUGCGAUUUCCUUACCAGUGUGUAUCUCGGAGAAGUUUUGCCAAAGGAUGAAAAGUAA